AUGAAGUCAAGCGAUGGAGUAGAGAUGCAUAAUGAUAUACUGUCUUCACCGUCCAAAGAACUUAUGUCUGCUAAGAUGAAACAUAGAUAUGAAACGGGAGAAUCACCUAGGAAGAGAGGAAGAGGUACCAGAAAAAGUCAAUUGGAAUCUAUUACAAAUAAUAAUUCGAAAGGAAGUAGGAGAAGAAGGACAAGAAAUCGUGAAGUGAAUGAAAUAAUUGAUGAUCAAGAAGUAGAUGUUGCUGAUAAAGCAGAGAUCAAUAAUCAAUUAUCUGACAAUAAAGCAGAAGAUUCUGAUUCAACUGGGGAUAUAGGUGAGGAUGCUGGCGAAGAAGAAGAUGACGAUGAUGACGAGAGUGCAUACGAAUCUGCAUCUUCUACAAUUUCGAAUACCGUACCUAGAAGGGUUUCCGUCAACACUUCUAACCGUAAGAGGAAAGAAGUUGAUCCAUUUGCGGAUGAAGGUAAAGAUGAAGUCCCUUCAAGGACAAGGAAACGUACUAAAACUAGGACUCAAAGUACAUAUGACGAAAGCAAUUUCGACAUCGAUAUUGCUUAUGAUGAUGAUAAUGAGAAGAAUGAUAAGCAUUUACCUAGCAGUCCUUUUGGAUCCAGCAAUGGAGACGACGGCACAAAUAAUAUAUCAUUAGGCGUGCACUUAGAAAAUGAACCAAUGACUCCAACAAAAAAUAAAAAUAAAACUAAUAAUAAUAAUGUUACUUCUAAUCAUGAUUUUACAUCUCCUUUGAAAAAAGUCAUCAUGGACAAUUUAAAAGAGUAUAAAGAUAAUAAUAAGCAAAUAUCUUUAAAAUUAGACAGGAAUUUCAAGCCUACUAGAGCACCUUCAGAAUCUAAAUAUAGAAGACCUAAUGCUAGAGGGUUCAAUUCAUUUUUAGACACUUUUGAAGGCUAUUUUGAUCAAAAGAAACCCUUUAAACUAUUAUCAAAAUCUAAAAAUUCAAUGAGUAUGGCACCAACUAUCACGAGAGAAGAAUUUGCAGUUAUAUCUAACUGUUUCAAUAAAAACUUUAAAAAAGAAAGUAGAUUUCAAUUAUUACAAAUCCAAGAAAAAUUAUUUCCUCAAUAUUGGUUUGAGUUAACACAAGGGUUUUCAUUAUUAUUUUAUGGGGUUGGUUCAAAACGUGAAUAUCUAGAAAAAUUUGCCUUUGAAUACCUAUCACAAGAAAUAGCAUACGCGACAAUGAGAAAUAAUCCAUCUAUACAGUUGGAAACCGGUAUUCCGUGUAUUGUCAUCAAUGGGUAUAACCCUACUUGUAAUUAUAGAGAUAUAUCGAAGGAGAUAUCUCAAGCCUUAUAUACUGAAGAACUGGAGAGAAAUGAAACCAAAUAUUGGGGGAACCAUGUAUUACUACAAAUCCAAAAAAUGGUUAGUUUUUAUAAAAAUCAACCGUCAGAUAUUAAAUUAAUUGUUGUAAUUCAUAAUUUAGAUGGUCCAGCAUUAAGAAAAGAAGCAUUCCAAACAAUGUUGAGCUAUCUGGGUAAAAUUAAACAAGUUUCAUUAAUAGCAUCUGUUGAUCAUAUUUAUGCGCCAAUUUUAUGGGAUAACGUUAAAGCACAAGAUUUUAAUUUUGUUUAUCACGAUGUAUCCAACUUUGAGCCAGCCAAAAUUGAAUCCUCAUUCCAAGAUGUGAUGAAAUUAGGUAAAAGUGAAAAUAAUAACGGUGCAGAAGGCUCAAAAUAUGUGUUACAAUCGUUGACAUCCAAUGCUAAAAAAAUGUAUAAACUACUUGUCGAAACACAAUUGUUUAAUUUAGAACAAUCCAAUAAAACAACAGAUGGGAAAGUUGCACCAAAUAAACGUGGUACAUUAACUACUGGUGUUGAGUUUAGAACAUUUGCUCAUCAAUGUGCAUCGGACUUUAUUGCAUCUAACGAAAUGUCAUUGAGAACAAUGUUAACAGAAUUUGUUGAACAUAAAAUGGCUACAAUUUCUAAAAAUUUGACAGGGACAGAAUAUGUCUGGGUUCCUUACAGUUAUUCAGAAUUGAAAAAAUUAUCAGAGGAAGUUUUAAAAGAUGUUUAA